GUAUCAAUAUAUUUACAUAACACAUACACACAUAUCAGGAAUAUUAAUACUAUAAAAUCAUUCUCUCUUGGUGACAUCACGGCAUGAAGACGGAAGAUUGCGGUUUAUAUUGAUCGAGAAACUAGAGAGUGUAGACGUGUCAACGAUGACGUUGGUGAGCAAUGGUUGUGUUGAUUUUAGAGGGAGGAUUGCUGAUAAACGAAGAACCGGAGGAUGGAAAGCUUCUCCCUUCAUCAUUGUAAACGAGGUGGCAGAGAGGCUGGCCUUUUUCGCAGUAGCCGUGAGUAUGGUUCUAUAUUUAGUAAGGGAAAUGCACGAAUCGCUACCAAAUGCAGCCACACAUGUAACCGAUUGGAUUGGGGCUGCAUAUGUGCUUACUCUGUUAGGAGCUUUCGUGGCAGACGCUUAUUUGGGCCGAUUCUUAACCAUCAUAGUCUUCUCAUUGAUCUACUUUGCUGGGAUGGUAAUGCUGACGAUUUCAGCUAAACUCGACAGCUUACGUCCACCACUUUGCCUCAAAAGACCUUGUUCCCCUGCAUCAGAUAAUCAAACAGCCUUUCUUUAUACCGCGCUUGGUUUAAUUGCCAUUGGCACCGGCGGUAUAAAGCCUUGUGUGUCGUCUUUUGGGGCUGACCAGUUUGAUGAAGAGGAUGAGAGUGAAGUUGUGAAAAAGUAUGCGUUUUUUAAUUGGUUUUUCUUUGGAAUUAACAUGGGUGCAUUGCUUGGAAUCACUCUUAUGGUUUAUGUGCAACAAGAAAAAGGGUUUGCUUGGGGUUUUGGUAUCCCUACUAUAACUAUGUUUACUUCGAUCGUUAUUUUGGUCGCUGGAUUCUCGAGUUAUCGGUACAAGAAACCGAUGGGGAGCCCGUUCACGAGAUUUGUUCAGGUAAUUGUGGUCGCCAUCAAGAACCAUGUCCGAGGAGUUCGUGUCACAUCCAACGACAAACUCUACGAGGUCACCACUCAAGAGUCAGCCAUUUUCGGUGCAAGAAAACUUAUUCACACUCCACAAUACCGAUUCUUAGAUAAAGCAGCAGUCAUGAUAGAAGAUCAAGAAACAUCAGAAGUACCAUCAAUCACACGAAACAGAUGGAACUUAUGCACAGUAACACAAGUUGAAGAAUUCAAAUGCUUCAUUCGGGUUUUACCAAUUUGGGCAACAACUAUUGCUUUAUCAAUCUCCUUUGCACAACUUUCCACUUUUUUCAUAAGCCAAGCUGCCUUAAUGGACCGAAAACUUGGGUCAAACUUUGUCAUCCCAUCUGGGUCCAUACCUGUUUUCUCAGCAAUCAACGCUUUAAUCCUCGUCCCCAUUUAUGAAAAACUUAUUGUCCCGUUCCUCAGAAACAAAACGGGCCACCACCGUGGACUUACCUCGUUACAACGUAUGGGUGUCGGCCUUUUCAUUUCUAUUUUCGCAAUGGCAUCAGCUGCAGUCGUGGAACAUAAACGUAGAAAUCACUCUAACCCGACGUCUUUAAGUGUAUUUUGGUUAUUUCCUCAGUUUUUUCUCAUGGGUAGUGCAGAGGUUUUUACAUAUGUGGGCCAAUUAGAGUUUUUUUACGACGAAGCGACGGAUGGUACCAGAAGUAUAAGCAGUGCAAUGUUUUUGAGCGAAAUUGGGAUAGGAAGUUGGUUGAGUACCGCGCUUGUUAAGAUCGUCGAAAAAGCGACUGGGAAAGAGGAGAAAGGAUGGUUGAGAAAUGAUUUGAAUGCAAGUAAGUUGGAUUAUUUUUACUGGAUUUUGAUGGGGAUUAAUGUGGUUAAUUUGGUGGUUUAUAUGUGGGUUGCAAGAAGGUAUAAAGGUAGAGAUGGAGCAAGUGCUGUCACAAGUGUUAGAGAUGAUUCCACUAUUAUUGAUCAUCAAAGUUGAUUAAUAUCGCUUAAUUAAAACUUUCAUUGUUUUCAAACAUUUGUUGUGUAUUUAUAAAAUCAUGUAAAACUUAUUUAUUUGCUAAGUGACUUGUAUCCAAAAGUUUAAUUUGCCCCUAGCUAAUUAAUUCAGCUGGUGAUUUUUUUAA